AUAAAAUAAAAAAAAUAAAAAGAAAAAGAAAGAAAAACUAAUAGCCCCUCCUAAGCUAAGCCUAUCGGUCAUUCUCUGUGUGUCAUCGCACAGAUCUGAGUCUCCUCUUCUUCUUCAUCAUCCUCCUCCUUCUCCUCCUAAUUCUCAAAACAGUCCUCCUAAGUGAAGGUUGAAUUGAAUGGAAGGAGUUGGGGCCGAUGGUGUGGGGUCUGGUACAGCACCUGCGAACCAGUUUUGGAUUGAUGUGUCAAGGCGGUAUCAGUAUUAUCUAGAUAAGACUACUCCACAUGCGAUCUAUAGAUGGAUUGGGAGUGCUGUUAUAGUGUUGAUUUACAUUUUGAGGGUUUAUUACAUUCAAGGGUUUUACAUUAUCUCCUAUGGUCUGGGGAUUUAUCUCUUGAAUUUGUUGAUUGGGUUCUUGUCGCCUUUGGUUGAUCCGGAGAUGGAAGUUUCGGGUGGGGGAGGGCCUUUGCUGCCGACGAAAGGCUCAGAUGAAUUCAAACCCUUCAUUCGCCGGCUUCCUGAGUUUAAGUUCUGGUACUCCUUCACAAAAGCUUUCUGCAUUGCUUUUGUUAUGACCUUCUUUUCUAUGUUUGAUGUUCCGGUAUUCUGGCCUAUAUUACUUUGUUACUGGAUUGUUCUGUUUGUCCUUACAAUGAGGCGCCAAAUUGCACACAUGAUCAAAUACAAAUAUAUUCCAUUCAACAUUGGGAAGCAGAAAUACGGCGGCAAGAAAGCUUCUGCAAGUAGCAGUGGUUCUCGCGGAGACUGAUGCUCAUCUAAGUUCAUGAUUAGAGCAAAUUUAAAUUUACCAGAUUGUUAAGAAAAACAUUUAGGCAUUGUGAAGAUUUAGGAUAGUACAAUUUUUUACUUUGGACGUGUAUCAUGUUAUGGAUUUAAAUAUGCAGUCACAAAUAUAAGUUCAAUUGCCCGACUUUAUGGUGCCAGGAGUGCUGGUGUUGCGGGGAAACUUUAUUUGUUUAUACACAUUAAGAUUGAAUUAUGCUUUAGAUCACUGUCAAUGUAACUGCAUGAUGCAGAAUAUUUUUCA